AUGACGGGCACUCAUGAGGGUGCUGGCUGGUUCCGCCAAAUGUUCAGCGGCGGAUACCAAGAAUUACCGACGACCAAUGUCAAGGAUAAGACUGAGAAUACUCAGAUAAUGCCGAGGAGGUUCCUGCGAUUGUCAACGAGAGGCUUUUUGCUUAUGUUGGCGACUAUUCUUCUCAUUCCUACGUUUUUGGCUCUUGCGCCUCUGGAGGGUCGACAAUACCUCUCCGAUGGAACCGCCGACGUAUUCGAGAUGGGCGAAACUCAAGAUGCAGUCUCUCCACCUGUCGCUUCACCCGCUUCGCCCGUUUCGCCCGCUGGCAUCCCCGUCAUGGUUAAGCCUCCCAAGAAGGUGGGCAACAUCUUCAACCGCCGUCUCGUCAUCCUCCUCCCAGCCAACGCCCCCGGCGUCAAUGUCUGCAAAGCCAUUGUAACAGCAGUUGCCCUUGGAUAUCCCGCCCCCGUCAUCCUGAACUGGGGCAAGAGUGGUUCACAUCUUGCCAAGAUCGCCGGUGUCCUUGAUUAUCUUGACUGGAGCUCCCGUCAAGGCAGUUCAAGCAAGGACCACUUGAACGAGGAUGAUCUUAUCAUGGUCGCCGACAGCGCGGACUCAUGGUUCCAGCUUCCCCCAAGUGUACUCCUCUGGCGCUACCAUGCUCUCAACGAAGAGGCCAACGAACGUCUUCGCAAGCAAUGGCCACACAAGUCUGAGAUGCCCAUGAAGCAGACCAUCAUGGUGUCCGCCCAGAAGAGGUGCUGGCCUCGAGCCAAGUCUGGUUUCCACCUGCAUUGCGAUGCUCUCCCAGAGUCUCCCCUUCGUAAGGAUCUCUACGGACCCGAGACAGACCAAGAUCCCAACUUGCGCAUGGUCGAUGUCCGACCCAAGUACAUCAACAGUGGUGCCUUCAUCGGACCUGUCGGUGACAUGCGAAAGUACUUCCGUCGCGCCCAAGAGCGUUACGAGCUUGGCAAGGCUGAGCAGGGAGACCAUUUCUACAGUGACCAAGGCUUCUUCGGCGAGAUAUGGGGAGAGCAAGAGAUGUGGCGCACGUGGCGACGCGAGCUCGGCGAUGCCAUUGAUCCCUCCUACAAUGUUUCCACUAUGGUCCGCGAUCAAUUCGAGUUCCACGUCGGCCUCGACUACAACCAGACCAUCUCCAUCCCAACUGUCUUUGAAGAAGAUGACGGUGAUAUCUUGACACUCAACAACCAGACAUAUAUUGCCGAGCGAUCUCGUGAGCUUGAGAUUGAGCCUGUUCGUCUGACUGCUGUUCCCGAGGAAAUUGCCAAUGCGACAAAUCCUCUUGAGCGCAUUCUCUCAGAAGAGGACCGACGCACACUGAAUUGGGGCGACAUGACCUUGUACGCCGACUUCUUCACCACCGCCAUCCCCAUCAACAUCCAUCACAACGCCCAUAUCAACAACCUGAAGACCCGACGAGUCUUGUGGUGGGACCGCAUGUGGUUCUUCCCCUACCUUCGCCAGCUUGUCAAUGCGCAGCUCACUCAGCGCCGACAGCAGCCUUUGGGCAGGGUCGAUAUCCCCGAAGGCAGGGCUGUCUACUGGGGUCUUGAGGCAUACCGAACUAUCAGACGGUUCAUGCCUGCUCAGCGUGGUAUGGUCAAGACGGACUUUGACACCGUUUGCACGUCAAGUUGGGCGAAGAAGGAGAAGCAGAAUUGGUGGGAUGUAGUGUUCCAAGAUGACCAAGGACCAUUGGUACUCAAAGCGUGA